AUGAAGUUCGGCAACACUUGCUGCACGCUGAAUGUUGGCGGUCGCAGGUUUUCGCUCUCGUCAGAGACGAUGAAGCGACUCCCGCUCAGUCGACUCAGUCGCCUGCAUCGCUGCGUGUCGGAGACCGAACUGCUGGAGCUGUGCGACGACUACGACCGCGACAGCAACGAGUUUUUCUUCGACCGGCACUCGGAGGCUUUCAGCUUCAUCAUGUUGUACCUGCAGCACGGAAAGCUCCGCUUCGUGCCGCACAUGUGUGAGCUGUCGUUCUACAACGAGAUGCUGUACUGGGGCCUGGAGAGCGCCGACCUGCAGCCCUGCUGCCAGCGCCGCCUCGACGACCGCAUGUCCGACUGCUUUGUCCACUUCUUCCCGGAGGAGGCGCCACGGAGCACUAACGAGCCCCAGAGCCGUUGGCUGGAGAGGAUGAGGAGAACAUUUGAGGAACCCACGUCAUCAGUGGCAGCACAGAUCCUCGCCUCAGUGUCGGUGAUCUUUGUGGUGGUUUCCAUGGUGAUGUUGUGUGCCAGCACCUUACCGGACUGGAUGUCUGCGGAGACGCUGGACCAGCACAGGGUCAUCGAAGCGGUCUGCAUUGGUUGGUUCACGGCCGAGUGUAUCAUCCGUUUCCUUGUGUCCCGUGAUAAGUGUGAGUUUGUCUGUCGACCUCUGAACAUUAUAGACCUGUUGGUGAUCACGCCAUACUACGUGUCUGUUACCGUGACGAUCCUGACGGGGGAAAACUCCCAGCUGCAGCGUGCUGGCGUGACGCUGCGAGUCUUGCGCAUUAUGCGGAUCUUCUGGGUGAUAAAGCUGGCACGUCACUUCCUGGGCUUGCAGACACUUGGCCUGACGCUGCGGCGCUGCUACCGCGAGAUGGUGAUGCUGCUGGUCUUUAUCUGUGUUGCCAUGGCAAUAUUCAGUGCGCUAGCCCAACUGCUGGAGCACGGGCUGGACCUGGAGAACGGAAACCAGGACUACGCCAGCAUUCCUGCUGCCUGCUGGUGGGUCAUCAUCUCCAUGACGACAGUGGGCUACGGUGACAUGUAUCCCGUGACGGUAGCGGGACGUGUGUUGGGCGGUCUCUGCGUGGUCAGUGGCAUCGUGUUGCUCGCGCUGCCAAUCACCUUCAUCUACCACAGCUUUGUCCAGUGCUACCACGAGCUCAAGGUGCGUUCUGAGCGCUGUAGUCACACCCUGUCCGCCGACUUCAUUAACUGACCAUAGUCCACCGGCUUCAUCAACUGACCAUAGUCCACCGGCUUCAUCAACUGAUGAGUUGACAACUGUGUCAAGUCAUGUCAAUCUGCUGACUUUGUUCCACCAACCACAGACCGACAACUCUGCCAACCGUCCACAGUCCGACAACUCCGCCAACGGACCACAGUCCGACACAUCCGCCAACGGACCCCAGUCCGACAACUCCGCCAACCGACCACAGUCCGACAACUCCGCCAACCGACCACAGACCGACAACUCUGCCAACGGACCCCAGUCCGCCAACUCCGCCAACCGACCACAGUCCGACAACUCCGCCAACGGACCCCAGUCCGACAACUCCGCCAACCGACCACAGUCCGCCAACUCCGCCAACGGACCCCAGUCCGACAUCUCCGCCAACCGACCACAGUCCGACAACUCUGUCAGGUGACAACCAUCUGUUGACCAAUGAGCUGCUGUUGCUGAGGUGGCCAAAACUUUCCAAACAAUCUCGCUACAGAGGCAAGAAAUACAAGGUCAUGACCUCAGGUCUUUACUUGUGUUGCCUUCAGGUUCAUCUUAGCUUUUAGAAACUAAUAAUCAUAAUUAUCUAUAUUAUAUAUACAUUUCAUCAUGACUUCUCGUGUGUGUGUGUGUGUGUGUCAGCCAGUGAGUUCAUUGUGUCAUCACACUGAAGUUCGUACACCCCCCCACCCCGCCCCGGUGUAAGUGGACACCACUGGUUUCUAAGGCAACGACAGACUUAACGGGAAAUGGAAGUGUCUGAACAUUUGUUUUGUCAGAGCAUCGAAGGACGAGCUGCUGCUGAGUGACAAUGACACACACACACACACACACACAGAGUCAUUCAUAUAUCACUAAGUUAAAUGUAUAAGGUUAUAAAAAAUGUUGUAUAUAUGUGUGUGUUCACUGUGUAUGAUGUUAUUAUAUUAGUGAGGGCGGAGCUUCCUGUGUGUGGGUGUGUUAAUGAAUCCUGAACCUCUUCAUGAUCCGUUUUAUAUUGCUGGAUUAUGGAGGAU